GCAUAAUAAAUACGGCUGAUGGCAGUGCGGCCAGGUUUAGCUUGUGUUUAAACAGAUCUCUCAAGCAGACAUGUAUUUCAUUUGGCUGUGUUGUUUUGUUUUAGCAGCUGCAAAAGUGGUCUUGUCCAGAGAAGGUAUUCAUGUAAAGUGUGGAAAAGACUCGGCCAUAGUCACAUGGAAAAUGACUGAAAGCCUGGCUGAAACCCCCUUCAAACUUGUACUGGGUGAAUGCUUUCCUUCAAAGUUCUCAUCUACAGCUGAUGGAGAAAGGGAGGCAGUUUUCCACUAUCAUUUCUCUGAAUGCCUUUUCAGACAAAAGGAAACACCUGAGAAGCUGAUCUAUGAAAAUGAGCUGAUCAUUAGGCCCUUAAUAAGGUCAGAUUCUGCACCGGUCAUCUACCCUAUUAAGUGUGUUACUGAAAGGCCUUUUCCAGUUGCACAGCCUGCUUUUGGUGUCUUACAAGGUCAAGGAGAGUUGACUUUUCAUAUGGGUCUUUUGAAUGAGGAUUUAAGUGGCCCGGCAUUAUCCAACACCUUUCCUCUCGGCUCAUUUAUUAACCUCCGGGCUUCAGUAGUGCAGCAAGGUCAUCAGUCCUUAAUGCUAUAUCUGGAAGAGUGUGUUGCAUCUAACACCCUAGCACUUGAACCACAGUCAUGGACAUAUCCCAUCAUUACUAACAAAGGCUGUCUUGUGGAUGGGAAGACUGGGUCCUCUAGAUUCUUGCCAAGAAAUCAGCCAUCUUCACUUGUGCUUCAGCUACAAACCUUCAAAUUUGCAACAGAACAAGUGUAUAUCCAUUGCAAGCUAGUGGUAUGGGACCCAGAAGAUUUAAAUGAGAAAAACAAAGCUUGCAAUUACAACAAAUCUAUUGAAAAGUGGGAGCUUUUAGAUGACCCUUUCCAAGAUGAUCUGUGCCAUUGCUGUGAUUAUGACUGCAAUCAGCAGAUGGAUGGUUUGCCCUCAGAAGCCCAAGGACCAGCUCAAAAUUCUGUCUUGGGACCACUGCUUGUAACGUCACUUACCUCGUGAACGAGAUGAGGCAUUUCAGUAAAGACUUGACUCCUGGAAACAGGAACUACAAGGUUACAUAAAGAGAAACCUGCUUCAAAGCAGGUUGUUCAGCCAUGCAUUUCCAUUGCUUGGUAACUUGGACAAAUGAAAUAAAAGGCUAUUGUGCUGCCA